AGCAUCAGGGACGCAAUAAGAAGAGUGAGACUCUGCUAAGCCAGGUGGGAGAGAACCAGAGGGACAGCGGUUCUGACGCCUUGGCCACCUGCGCAGCAUCAGGGUGUCACAGCCAUGAAACCGUCCAUCUCUGCCGGCCCUCCGUCUGGACUCCUGCUGGUCCUGAUCUGUUGUCCCCUACUGGGCUUCGUUCAGGCUGCCAGCGGCAGCAAGGCUGGUGAUAAGGGGCACCAGCAGCUGGUUGACACUGACCCAGAGCGCUGCAUGAGGCACCACUUCGUAGAGACCAUCACUCAUCCUGUUUACAAAUGCAACACUAAGAUGGUGCUGCUGGCGCGCUGCGAGGGCCACUGCAGCCACACCACCCGCUCAGACCCCCUCAUCUCCUUCAGCUCGGUCCUUAAGCAGCCCUUCAAGAGCUUCUGCUCCUGCUGCAGACCUCAUACCUCCAAGCUGAAGGCGGUGAGGCUGCGCUGCGCCGGCGGGACUCGCAUUACGGCCACCUACAGAUACAUCCUGGCCUGUAACUGUGAGGAGUGCAGCUGAGGAGGCUUCCUUCCAGGACCCCAACACCCUCAAGCUGCAGCGUUUUUCUUGGCCUCAGACUUCAUUUUAAAAACUGUUCAGAGAAAUGUGAGGAUUUUUGGAUGAAGGGUUUGCUGGACGUUAACGUUUCAGAGGAAUCAGAUCCCGCCCCCCCUCACAUGCUCCUUAUGACUGACCUGCAGCCCAGGGACACAUGUACAACAUACCUUACCUUCUCCAUUAUACGUGCUUUCAAUCAUGGUGAACCAAGCAAGGCAUAUUUCGUCACUUUGCAAAGCCAAACACCACAAACCGCUGAUCCCGGGGGCCGAGUUGAGCCCCCGCUCACCCGAGAGACACGCUCCGCUCAUUACAGGCCUCAGUAAUCCAUCACACACACGCCUGCAAACCGCAGCGUGGCGCUUAGCAGGCUCUCUGACGGCUAGAUGAACCCUUCACAUGCAACUGACAACAAAACAACAUGCCUCGUUAAAAUGCAGCAUGGGAAAGAAUGAGGCCCCCACACGAACGGGGGGGGGGUCCGCAUGAGCCUAGGUGUGGGUCCCGGAUCCAGGCAGGAACAUCUGUGCAGCUUCUCACCCAGUCAGUCUGCCCCCCCUCCCUGCAGAACUUCAUCUACCUGUGUAAACAGGGGGGGGGGGGGGUGACCUUCAUGUUCAGAGUGCCUUUUAGAAGAACCUUUUCCCCUUUUCCACAUUUUGUUAUUUAUUGAGAUUUGAUUUCAUAGACCAACAGAAAGAAGUGAAUAAACAGUUCAUGCAUGGAGGGAGCAGUGGGGGCUUCAAGCUGCCUCCUUCAGCACAGGAAGGUCUGAAGGGGAGGAUCCAGUGAUGGCGUCCAUGUUCCUCUGACCUCAUGGUGAUAGGAAGCUCUUAGGGAUACGUUUCAGGACCAAUAGGGCAGAGGGACAGGUCCUCCCCGCCAUCGCCACUGACCUCAUAGAUCAGGAAAGCUUCCUCUGUGGAGAUCAGUCAGGUUAGAAGGGGGCCAUAUCUGAAGGACUUUGACUAGGCCGUCAGUACCAUGGCGACCGGAUGUCUGGAUGUUGAGAUAAACAUGAUGGAGCACAGCAGGAGUCUGCAGGUGAAGGUCAGGCUCAGAUCUUCUCAUCUGAUGACAGGAACCAUCAUAGUUCAGGUUAGAAACGUGGAAGUAGAUCCGCUGCCGAUCAGCUGUUCGCUGCAGGUUCUGACUCCUGAAAAGGGUUCAGUGUAAAAACGAGAGGUCUCACUUUGACAUUAAUGCUUGUGUUCACAGUUUAAUUCAGUAAUGUUGGUCAGAAUAGCCAGAAUUAUUAUUCCUGAUAAAAUCAUUUCAUUAAAACUAAAAGAAAAGUAAAACUAAGGCUGAACGUAGCUUUUGUUUCAAAGCUCCUCACUAAAUGUAAACUCAUCACCGCCCACCUCUGCAUCCACCUCCCUCCAACGUCUACAGUCUUUCCUGCAUCUGCUGAACCGAACCGUCCACACAGCAUGAUGGGGCCACCACCAUGUGAUGCUCUUUGCUCUCCUGACCUUUGAACCCUUCACAGAAGAACUGCCUUCAUCACCGGAGGAAGAACUGCAGCAUCCAGUCAGGUUUCCUCUGGAUUCAUGGACUGCUGCUGGAUUUACUUCAGGGUAUCAGAGUAGAGAGAAUCGUACCACAGCCUGCUUCCUGUCGUUUCCCCCGAAAAUCCCACUGAAAUAAACUCAGCAUUGAAAUAUGAUUAAAUGUGGAAGUGGUAUGAAAACCCGUCCAUUGCUGCUGCCGGUGCAAUGUUGCUCCACGUUGCCGGCGGCGAUGUUGCUCCACGCUGCAGGUGGCGUUGUUGCUCCAUGUUGCCGGUGGCGUUGUUGCUCCACGUUGCCGGUAUCGUUGUUGCUCCACGCUGCUACAGUAACUGUGCAGAUGUCUGUGAUUCCUGUUCGAUGACCAACCCUUAAACUCCUGCUAGUUGCCAUCCGUCUGUACGUUGCUCCAUCAGAGCCUCUGGUCAGUGUUUCCAUGUCAGUGUUGAAACUGUGGUUUUUGUAUAAAUAAAACUCUUAAACCACAA